UUUCUUAAACUUCAAAAUUGAAACCACUGCUGACAACUAUGGGGAGGCGGGCCUCAAUACAAAACUUUCUUAAAAUAGGCGAAAAGAGCUGUACAAGGAAAUAAACCAUGUUCUAUGCGUCCAUUAUAUGCAGGGCAUUGCACUCCCUCGUUACUUUGCAGGAAGACCUGCCAGACCAGGCGGAGGGAAAGCGACAGGACCAAGCUUUGAGCAGGGCGGGAAGCCAUACCCCUUGCUGGGGGGCGCGUUGCUUGGAGACCCGGGUUUCAGAGCCGCGCGUGGGCCGCCAGGUGGAAGCGCGCGCGCCCUGUGUCGUCUCCUCUGCUGUGGGCUCGGCCAAUCGGGAGGCGGGCGGGAGGUGGCGCGGCCGGCCGGGGCGGGGCCGGCUUGGCUGCUCAGGGCUUGGCUCGCGCGGGAGGUCGGCUCCUGGAGCGCGGCCCCGGCACCGCUCGCUUUUACCCGUCCGGCCAUGGAGCGGCUGACGUUGCCUCCCGGCGGCGCGGCGGCCGUGGACGACUACCUGGAAUACCGGAGAAUUGUUGGUGAGGACGAUGGAGGGAAACUUUUUACUCCUGAAGAAUAUGAAGAAUACAAAAGAAAAGUUCUACCUAUGCGCUUACAGAACAGAUUAUUUGUGAGCUGGCGAUCACCAGCUGGAAUGGAUUGUAAACUUGUGGGUCCAGAGACUCUGUGUUUUUGUACACAUAGGUAUAAACAACAUAAAACUGACUUUGAAACAAUUCCGCAGCAGCGCCCCAUUGGUCUGCCUUGCCGAGUGCCUGGCUGCCCCUGCAGGGCUUACCUGUACAUCCCUUUGAAUGGUGCGCAGCCCAUUCGCUGCAGGUGCAAACACUUUGCCGAUCAGCACAGUGCUGCGCCUGGCCUCCUAUGCAAUGCCUGUUCCCAAUGUUCAGGAUUCCACAGUUGCUUCACUUGUGUUUGUGGUCAGCCUGCAUAUGCACAUGACACAGUAGUGGAAACUAAGCAAGAAAGACUUGCCCUGGGAAAACCAGUGGGACGGGAUGCUCCUUAUGCAGCAAUGGGAGGAUUAACUGGCUUCAGCUCACUGGCAGAAGGCUACAUGCGAUUAGAUGACAGUGGAAUUGGUGUCCCAUCAGUUGAGUUUUUAGACUCUCCAGUUAUGGCUGUGGACCACCCAUUUCUAAAAGCAUUUCAAGCAUCAUCGAGUUCUUCUCCAGAAACACUAACAGAUGUAGGUACAAGUAGUCAAGUUUCUUCCUUAAGGAGACCUGAAGAGGAUGAUAUGGCUUUCUUUGAAAGACGAUACCAGGAAAGGACAAAAAUUGAAAAGGCUGCUAAGCAGAAAGGAAAAGCACUAUUGCCAUCAAGUACAAAACCUUCAUAAAGACUGUCGGGGAAAUUAAAGCCAUCAUCCAAAUAUCAUUUUUGUGUUUAUUUAAAUAUAAUAAUAAAGUUUAUUUUUCUCCCAAAUUAUUUACUUCUUUUACUGUGUAAGUUUCUUUUUAUGUUUAUUUACAUAAGUGAAAAUACCUUAUAUUACUUUUAUCAAAAUUCAUGAUUUUCUACUUUGCAUGUACUUUUUAUCU